GUGACGAUCCGCUACAACCCGUUGAAAGGUUGAAAGGGAACAAACAGAUAACUAUUAACUUAAACCCGAUAAGACUUUACAUAGUACCUACUACCUAGUAGUCUAGUACUGACUUUCUUUACAUCAUCCAUCUAUCCAUCUGGCCAAGCUGGCCUUCGAAAUCCCAUGGAAACAUUUGACCAACGUUGUUUAAAUACGGUAUCUUGUAUACCGCAUACUUAACCUCUCAUUAAAAUACUGAUCGAAUGAAUGAUCAAAUGAAACCUUGACAGACAUGUUAUAAUUGCAUACAAACCACUACAAGGCUGAACUGACAUCAUGGCGAUUCCUUGGGGGACAAUCAAGUCCCUACUCAUCUUCUUUGGGCCCAUGCUCCUACCUAAAGCCAUCUCCUACUACCGCAGCUUUCGUAAUAAGCCCCAAGUCGCCGGCGUCACGGUGCGCCCGAUCCCUCCCAAGGCCCUCAGAGCUCUUCUCGUCCUCGCUGCCGGCGCCUUCGUCUUCAUCGUCCGCGCGCUCAUCCCCUACUUCUCCCCCGAGAAUAUCUUCGUUCGCACCCAAUCCCGCUUACAGAUCCCGACAGACGUCCUCUUCAACCGUCUGGCCUCGUUGCGCCCGGACAAUAUUCUGACCGACGAUGACAACUCCCUGCGCGCCAAGUUCGUCAAUAUGGAGUCCCGCGCCCUAUACCUCCAUUACGGCCCGGAGGCCCUGGCCCGAUGUCCCUUCUGCACCUCAGACGACCCAGCUUCUUACUUCUACUAUGCGGUCCCGACGCUCCUAAUUCCCCAUCUCGUUAACCUCAUCAUCCUAUCCGUCGCAACCUCCGACUUCCUCGCUGGCCCCGUCGGCCCGAAGUGGCGCACCACUGCCACGGUUCUCAUGAUACUAGGUGUAACCAUCGAUCUGUCCGUAGUGAGUACCUACAACUACCAAGCAAACAUGCGCAUCAACCGUCUAGAGGGCCUCGACCUUUUCUUCUGGACCUCGCGCAUACUCCGGUACCUAGGUCUCGGCGCUCUCGACCUCCUCCUCGCCACGCUGCUAUACCUCUCCAGCACGAACCGCGCCUUCGUGACCCCCAUCAGCGCCGCCGAGCGCGUCGAGGCCAUAACGCGCCAGCUACAGACGGCCAAGGGGCGCAUGAGCGCCAUGGGCAUCAUAAAGAACACCACGAUGCGCGACGAGGCUCUGCGCGAACGCAUCCAGACCUACUGGCAGACCGAGGGGCGCCUCAUGAGCACCGCCUUGGAGGACCGCGAGGUCAUCGAGGGCAUCAACGACGCCCUCCAAAACCGCAUCAAUAUAGAGGAUAUCACGCGCGAUGCCGAGGCCUACUCAAGUUCAGCGAUCCCGCGUCUCGAGGACCUGGCGCCACAGACGACGGUCGGAUGAAAGAGAGUGUGUAUGGGUGUAAUGCCUUCCCCCCUUAUUCACCUACGUACGUACCUUAGUAGGUUAGUAGGUACGGUACAUGGGUACCUAGGUAAACACCUAGCUAGCCCUAGAGGAUAUUUGAUAGAAUGCCUUGUGGCUGUUAUGUAUAACAAGAUAGAAAAAUAGGUACAGCGAAAAGCAAAGCAAAUCAAAUCAACCCCAAAGUAAAGAAAAGGCGAGAUCAUACCCUAGGUACUCUACAUGUACGUACUAUAGCGAUAUGCUAGAUAGAUGAUGGAAAAUCAAAUCAACAACUUUGGUUAAAAACCCAUAUAUAGGUUCC